UGGACAUCUGCCGUGAAGCCAUGUAAAAUUCGGUAUCGUCAUGAAAAGGACGCCAUUUUGAGAGGUUAGUGAGAGUUAGGAGUUAUAUUGAACAUGAGUUCUAAUGGAUCGAAUGAUACACAACUAGGAAGGCUGGAUUCGAUGUUUGGGUCGCAAGGAAGUACAAGAAAUUUUACGUCUUUGCUGAAUCCUAGUUACUUGCAGUCUCCCAAUGGUAAAGAAUCGCAUAAAAGGGAAACGGAUGCUGAAAGGGAGGAGAGAAGAGCAAAGAAAAGACGAUCACGUUGGGGUGGAGAUGAAAAAGAAAAAACCUUUAUUCCUGGUAUGCCCACAGUGUUGCCAACCAAUCUAAGUAAAGAACAAGAAGAAGCAUACUUAGUUCAGCUGCAGAUCGAGGAGAUCAGCAGAAAGCUGCGCACUGGCGAGUUAGGGAUCCCACUUAAUCCAGAAGAAAGGUCUCCGUCACCUGAGCCAAUCUACAGCAGUGAUGGGAAACGUCUGAACACCCGUGAGUAUCGUACUCGGAAACGUCUUGAGGAGGAGCGUCACCAUCUCAUCCAGCAGAUGCUGAGUCUGAACCCAGACUUCAAACCCCCCGCAGACUACAAGCCACCCAUCAUCCGAGUCAGUGACAAAGUGAUGAUUCCGCAAGAUGAUCAUCCUGAUAUCAAUUUUGUUGGUUUGUUGAUUGGACCUCGUGGAAAUACACUGAAAUCAAUGGAGAGGGACACUGGAGCGAAAAUCAUAAUUCGUGGGAAGGGAUCAGUGAAAGAAGGAAAAGUCGGACGCAAGGAUGGGCAGCCGCUGCCUGGAGAAGAUGAGCCUUUACAUGCAUAUGUGACAGCCAACAACCCAGAAGCUGUGAAGAAAGCAGUUGAUAGAAUCAAAGAGAUAAUUCGACAAGGUGUUGAAGUUCCUGAAGGCCAGAAUGACUUGCGUCGGAUGCAGCUAAGGGAGUUGGCCCUGUUGAAUGGAACUUUGAGAGAAAAUGAGGGACCCCGGUGUUCAAACUGUGGAGCAUCUGAUCAUAAAUCCUGGAUGUGUCCUGACAAGCCAAAUGUGACAAACAACAUCGUGUGUUCGAGCUGUGGAGGAGCCGGACAUAUUGCCAGGGAUUGUCGGCAGAAAAGACCAGGGACAGGGGGACCCAAUGCUGUGGGUGACAAGAACAAAAUUGAUGAAGAGUACCUCUCACUUAUGGCAGAACUGGGCGAGGGCCCUCCUCCCAACAGAGAUAACGACCGUGAUUCUGGGCAGAACAGGUUUGGGCGUCGCUCAGGUCCAAGUGGUAAUAUGAGCCUAUUUGAUCGUCAGAUGGCUCCACGUGCUAUCAUGGCUCCCCCACCAAGGCUCGAGCAUAACAUGAUGGCUACCCCACCACAGUUGAUCCCAAACACUUUGCCUCCUCCUCCAUGGAGUCCGGCAAUGCCUCCAGCAAACAAACCACCAGGAUCUGACAUGAUGCCGAACAUGAGUCACCCACCUCCUCCUUCAGCUCCGUCACUUGCUAUGCCUCCACCUUGGCAAACACCAAAUAUUCCUCCCCCUAAUUUGUUACAAGCACCACCUCCACCACCACCAUCUAGCCAGCCCCCUCCUGUGACUACUUCACAGGCAUCAAUUCCACCCCUCUUGCCAUGGCUACAAUCACAGGCUCAGCCACCACCACCUGGGUCACAACCGCAACCGCCAUUAGCAACUCCACAGCAACCGCAGCAGCAGCAGCCGCAACAACCACAACAGCAGCAACAACAAGGACAACAGCAGCAACCACCAGCAGCAACUCUUCCACCCCCGGGUCUGCCUCCAUGGCAGCAGCCUCCACCCUCUCUGGCAUCAUCCACAGCACCAGGUCCAGUACCUCCACCCAACAGGGCCCCUCCACCUGGUAUGUUCCCUUGGCAUCAGAAUUUUAUAGGAGUACCACCUCCGCAGCCCGUCCAGCCUCCACCUCCACCAGGACACAAUGGGCAGGGUGUUGACAUCAAUGCACUGGCAGGGUUGCCAAGUCUACUUGCAGCGCCACCACCACCCCCGCCUAGUUAAUCCCAGAGCCACUGCAGCUUUGCGCUUUCAUGAUUCACAAAUAGUGUGUGUGUUGUUAAGAAUUUCAGAAUAGAGAUAAACUGGUUGCAUUGCAAGCCUCAAGCAGAGGCACUUGCAGCCAGUUAUCUUCAUACAUCAUAUUGCCAUGCAGUAAAUAGUAAACUACAGUGUAAAUUUUGAUUAACAGAUACUAUGUUGAUCUUGUGUACUGUAUUUUCAAAAUCACGUUAAAAUGAAAUUGAAUUAGAAGGGUACAGAUAUGCAAUGAUCCUCUUUUUUUAUUUAUGUAUGCAUAAUUUGCUGUAGUAAUAUGGUUUCAGAUCAAUUCUAAGAGGUUUUAUAUAGGAUACUUAGGAUUACUGGGUAUCUGGGCUCCGUCCAUCAUCUAGUAGUCCAAACUGAAUGGGACAUUUCAGAGGUGAAAAUGCAGGGAGGCAUACUCAUUAUAGUUUCUCAGAAUGAGCUGUCUCAGUCUGUGGGCCAUUUAUCGUGAUUAUUAGUUUCUGAUGGACUCGACAAAGUGCCUCCCAACCUUUUCACCCAGCAAUGGAAAUUUUCACUUUCCAAAGCAUGUUCUCUUCAGAAUACUAGACAGUGCACGUGAUCCAGAAACCCAGUCAUCUGGAGAAUAUGGUUUUGGGUUUCUUGGUGUUUUUGUAAAGGAAUUCAUGAUGCCGUGUUUCACUAACAUGUGUUAUCUGUGACAGUUGAAGUAGAGACUGAAUGCUGUGUACACAUGGUUGUCACCUCACAUAGUGAAUGCACCCCAGUUUUAUGGCAUAAUAAAUGGUACCCCCAUGUGUUACGUUUCAGUGGAUGUGUUCUUAGUGCAAGAUGGAAAUCUGUAAACAGCCAGACAUGACUGAGGGUCCAUACAGCUCAGGAAUAAGCGUUCUCAGUUUUGUUAUGUUCAAGUUUGUAGGUGAUUGAUUUACUGUGUUACAGGACCAGAAAUGCAUAUGCAUUUGAUGUCAAAUGUGAAAGAGGAGAUGGAUAUUAUUAAGGAGGAUCAUGGGGGUAUGUUGUGAUGGUGGAGAAUGGGUAAAAUUGGCACAGGAUCGUGUCUGAUGGCAGGUUUUGGUAUUAUGUUGAAUCUGCAGGUUCUGCUAUGAGAGAGAUAGUGAAUCAGUAAAAUAUAUCUUAAGGAAAUAGGUUAUGAGAAUAGCAAGCAUUAGUGUUGAACCUUUGGGUUCUGUUACCAGUUUAUUAGUAAGGUAGUUAGGGAAAUGGGUUGUGAUGGGGAGGUGGAUGGAACUGGCUCAGGGUAAAGACCAGUGGAUAUUACAUGCCCUGUCUGUCUCCCUUCACCCCAAUUUCAACAUCUUUAUAAUAAGAACACAAAUUUUGAAGCUUCUCAUUGUGCAUUCCCCCCCCCCCAAACUCCUGUCAUUUUCUGUCUCUCAGGUCCAAAUACUCACCUGAGGUUUAGUAGUUAGUAAACCUAAAAUGUAGCAGCAGGGAUAUGUGGUCGCAGGUUUGUAAAGUUGAACAAAGAAACUGCCAUUCAAUUGUGUGGAUCCCAUGUUACAAUCAAAAUGGCAAUAGAAUUAUGUUUUAACAUGCAUUGGUUACUCUGUGCUGAAGUUUAGUAAGCUUAUGCUGUGAAUAUUCUCAAUGCUUUAACACAGUGACAGUAUUUCACCUCCAAAAUACACAAUUUCCGAAAAUAUA